AUGGUGGGUCAUGUGCUAGAGAAGAAGAUAAAUAGAAUCUUAAUAGAUGAAGGAUCUGGAGUCAACAUUUUGCAAAUCCACACAUUGAAGGAACUUGGCAUCAAGACUGGGGAACUUAGUGAAAGUCGUUUAUUGAUACAAGAAUUUAAUCAAGUCGGGCAGAGGUCCAUAGGCUUUGUUAAAUUAGAGAUCCACAUGGGAGAUUUGCGAUCAAGCGCAUGGAUGCAUGUGAUUGACGCAAAGACAUCAUACAACAUAUUACUUGGCAGGCCUUGGGUACAUGAGAAUAGAAUUGUCUCAUUUUCUUACUAUCAAUGUUUGAAAUAUCUUGAAGGUGGAAUUGAAAUAAAGAUAGUUGCAGAUGAUAAUCCUUUCACCAAAGUGGAGAAACACUUUGCGGAUGCGAAAUUCUAUUUGAGAAGUUAUGUUGUUAAAGGGGUCAAAUCCAACGACGUCAAAUCAAUCAAGAUUUAUAAUAUCAUAAGAAAAAGAAUUGAUGCAGCUAUCGAAAAGGUGAAAAUUCACACUAAAGACUCUUGUCCCAUUCUUAAUGAAGGGAAGAUCCUGUCUUCAAAGAAGAAGAAGACUUAUAGGCUUUGCUAUGUUCCAAAAGCGAAGAAAGAACAAGAUCAACCAUCUAACCUUGAAGAAAAUGCAUUAAGAGCUCUUCCUAUCAGACGGAUUGAUGCAAUAAACUUGUCUUCAAAGUUGCCAGAAAAGUCGGUCGCUAAAGAUCAAAUGCUAGAUAUGGCUCUCCCUACAAAGCGCACAAGAGAAGCGCUAGGGAAACUCCCAUCAGAAGAUACAACUAGGAAAGCGCGUGAAGGCCUAGGUUAUAGCCAACCGCCGCCAAUUCGCAUUUCCAUAAGAAGGGCCAGUAAUAAUCAUAUAACUUUUGAAGAUGACGUCACUGCUCCCAAUAAAAGGCUUUCCAUCUUUGAUCGACUUGGUGAAGCGACAACAAGAAUUUCUGUGUUUGAGAGGUUAGGUCCUCUGAAGAAGAAUAACAAGAACCUGAGAAGUAAUUUAAAAGUUACAACGCCUACUUCACAUUUGAUUCGAAAGGAUUUAAGAAGUUUGAUUCUUUCUAGGAUGAGACGACGAGUGGAACUUGUCAUUUCCUGUAAAGAGGAACUCAAGGCAAAGGUUCAUAAUGUGUUUUACACCAAAGAGCGCGAGGAAGAUGAAGAAAGUAAGAAUGAGGAAGAGGUAGAAGAUAUUGUCUCGUGUUGUCAUAUAUCGGUCAAUGACAAUGAUCCGGUGGAAGAGGAAGAUGCUAAAGAUGAUCCACCAGAACUUGAAGAAGGAGUAAAGAUCACAAUAGAUCCUUUGAAGGAAGUUAACCUUGGCACUGAUGAAGAUCCGAAGCCAACUUAG